UCUAUAAGACGAGAUUUGCAGUUAGGUCUAAGAAGGAUGGACAUACUAGCAUGUAAACACAAAAAAUGUAAAUAACAUUUUUCAUUAAUUAUAUUUUUUAGUACUACAGGACCCAAAUAUAGCAAAAAAGUUCGGAACUCGGUUGCCUUCCACCUACAAACAUAAUCAAUACCUCGUGGUUUUCGUUGAAAGUCACUAGUUACGCAAUCUUUAAGUGACACUAAGUAAUCAUUUUCGGAUUCAUCAUGUUGUAUGGAAUUAACGGCACUAAUCUCUGCUAGUUCAUCAAGAAUACGCCUUCGUUUCGUAGAUGAACUUCGUAUUUACGAUACUGUUGAAGUCGUUCCUGAGUUAUGGUAUCGGAAAGAGGGAAGUUGUGCUUGGCCGAAAACAUCCAAUAUCAAAGAUAUAAAAAAAGCUGUUAUUUUAAAAACACGUCCAAAUAAGCACGAUUUUUCUUAUUAUGAAGCACGAUGUUUGGCUAGUAAUAUCGACAAUUUUCAAAAAGCCCAAAAAAAAUGUAAUAUUGCUAAAUGCAAAUCUGACCUUUCUUCAAUGGAAGAUGAUAAAUUAAAAAAGAAAAGAACCAUCAUAAGAAAAUAUAAAACUUAUUCAAGCUCGGAAUCUGACGGUGAAAAAUCUGAUACACACAUGAACAAAAAUGCCAUUCCAUGUUAUCAUUCAGACUCGGAACCCCAACAUAAAAAGAAAAACCAAAUCCAAAACAAAACAAUAAGUCAAACUGUUGGAAUUGAACGUCGACCUAAUGGAUGGUCUCCAUUAAAGACCUCUAUUACUGAUAUAACAGAAAAAGAAGAAACUAUUCACAUGGGCAAUACAAAAACAAUUUCUGAUUUGAAACUCUCAGCAGAUGAAACAACAUUAUUUUCUGAAAAAAAAUCUCCAUAUAACCAAAGUUUAUCUGAUAUAAAUUUGCCAAGAUCCUCUCCAUCAAAUAGAGUAAAAAGAUGUUUAUUUUCUGAUACUGAUAAAAAUAAUUAUUUGAAUUUUAACUCUGCUGGCGUCAAUAAUAACUCUCCAAAAGUAUCAUCUGUAAAAGGUUCAGGAAAAAGAAGUUUAUUUUCUGAUUUUUAUGAACAUCUUCAUCCAAAUUCCAAGUCUCCUGAUUUAAUUAAUGACUCUACAACAAACAUAUUAUCUGUUAAAAGUUUGGAAAAAAUAAGUUUGCAUACUGAUGUACAUAAUGGUUCAAAUUCUAUUACUCCAAAUUUUAAUGACACUUCAAAAGCAUCUGUGAAAAAAAAUGCAGAUAGAAAGUCUUCAACUAAUUCAAAUUCCACAAUUUUAAAAAAAGAUGAUCGGUUUAAAGACAUGGUUUUACAUAGUUUAAUUAUUUUAAAACACAGUAUCAGAAAUUUGGAUGAAAAAAUGGAUUUGUUGAUUGAAAAAACUUCAAGAAGUUCAGAAAAUACAAAUAUAAAUGAUGAUGAUAUUAUAGACUACACCAACCUAAAUUGUCUUUUCCCAAUUGAAGACAUAAGUACUCUUAAUGAUAUUGAGGAGCAAUUGGUGUCAGAUAAAAAAUAUCAUAAAUCAUUGACAAAUAAACUUAUUGGACUUGGUGGAAAAACAGUACAAAUAUAUAUAAAAAGAGUAAUGCAGCUUUUGUUCUCUGAUGAACUUUUAAAAUUAUAUUCAUUUAAUGGCCGAGGGAAUAAAAAAAAAUGUUUUUCUAGCCUAGUAAUUUCAAAACUAAUAUUUGGUUCUAUAAAGCUAUUGAACAAGUUCAAGUACGAUAACGCCAUUGAUGACGCAGAAAAGUAUAUUAAAAAUGCUCUUAUUCAGGCUCCAUUCAAUAUUAAAAAAAAAAUAUCCAAUACUACAACUGUGGAUUAAUUUUUUAUUAUAUUUUUUGAAAUGUUCGCAAAAAUGUAUUUUUUUUUUCAUUGCUUAAUUGAAAGUUAAUAAUUAAAACAUAAAGUACACAAUAUACAAAU